GCCUAAGUUCCAUCCCUAUCGCCCGCUCGCAGAUAACAUUACAGUGGCGUAUACAUGCUCUCGUGCAUGGGCCAUGAUCUGCGAAUAAUAUAUAUUCGUAAUAAAAAUAAUAUGUAAUAUGUUAAAAAAUUACCUAUUGAACUAGUAGAAAAAAGCAGUUACUUAUGUUUUCCUUAAACUCGAAAUAUUCAAUAAAUUAUAUGACGCCAUCCCCCAAACACCUCUUAUUAGCAAAAAAUACCAUCGCCUCUGUGAAACUUAACAGUGAAUUUCGCCGUCUUAACAGCAAUUGAGAGCGGGUAACAGUGCGAGAGAAACCGAACGAGCCAGCAACAAAAAAGAAGAAGAAUACUAGUAAUAACGCUACGCUUCUCAGUUACUCGGUUCCGAACGCGCAAAAAACAAUUCAGCGCACUCUGAAACGCGCUGUGUAUCGUACCACUUAAAAUUAAACAAAAAAUACAUAAAAAUUGCACACGUCGCUGAUAAAUCGCACGGUAAACUAAUCAUUUCAAAUACCGCCUUUCUAUUUCAAAUCGGUUAAAAAAUAUGACAUGAUAAUAAGUGAACAGUAGCCGCGCCGAGAAUUGAUGAGUGGCGGCGGCUAUUCUGUUGUUCUUUAGUUCUUAAAAAGCGCAUAAACAAAUACAUGCAGACAACACCGUUGUUAAACGAAUUGAAAGUGAAUUAGAGUGUCGUCAACGCCUUUUUGGGCAGCGAAAAUAGGAAAGAGAAAUCCAGGCCCAGCAUCCUUCAGCCUCUUCUUCUUCCUCUUCAUCUCCUUUUGCAUUCCUUUUCGCCGCGUCUGCAUUGGUGUUCGUGUGCGUGUGUGUGUACGUGUAAGAGCUUGAAAAUUGUGUUAAACAAAUUUAUUUCACCUGCCAACAACAAAUUGAUGCCAAAAAUCUAUACAAAUUCGGUGCUAUGUGCGCGUGUGUGUGGAAUUAGCACUUCCAAGUGGUGUCUCUUUCGCUCUAACUCCGUUUUUAAACUGUUACCCAAAGCAAUGGGUGUGUGCAAGUGUGCGUGAGUGCUUCACAUGGAAAUUAAUUAAGAAACGCACCUUAGCUGCCAUCUCCCUCACUCUCUCGCAAGGAUACGAGUGGCUGGCAAAUGAGAAGGCAGCCGGGCAAAUAACCAGCAGCCACUUGGAUCUGGAGUUAAAUGGCCAAGGCACGCAGAAAACGCAACCGUCUGAGGUGCCCGGAAAUAGAGUUAGAUCCAAUUAGAAGCCGCUAGGAUGGACAAGCGAUCGUUGUGCCUGCUGCUCAUCUGCAUCAAUCUGUGCCUGGUCAUCUGGCUGGUCAGUGUGCAGCAGUCGCCGAUGCUGGAAGCGGAAGUUAUCAGCGGAAUUGGCGGCAGCAGCAGCACCACCGCACAGCCGCCACCGAGUGCCAAAAGUGGAUUGCGGAGGAGCAGGAGCCAACCAAACCAAAUACACCAGCCUAGUCGCACCAAUAUUAAUAGUAAUGAUAGUAGCCUAGUUAGCAACACAUUCGACAACCACCUUAUGGGCACGCCAUCCAUGCUGGCAUCACAAACGCCCACGCCCCCGCAGAGCAGCAUGCACCUCAUGGAUCUGCCCAAUUUCGUCUAUCUGAUAGACCAGCCCGCCUGUGAUAAGGACGAUCGGGUACUGAUAUUGGUUCAUUCGGCAGUGCGCAAUGUCGACAAGCGCCGGAUCAUCCGGGAAACGUGGGCGAAUCGUAGCUAUAUAGAUCAGACCCCGCUGAAGGUCUUCUUCCUGGUGGGCGGAGUGGGUAGAAAGGCCGCGGAGUGGCAACAGUUCCUGGGACGGGAGAACCACCUGCACGGCGACCUCAUCCAGGGGAACUUCGAUGACGCCUAUCGCAACAUGACCUACAAGCAUGUCAUGGCUCUCAAAUGGUUCAACGAGAAGUGUGCGCAUGCCCAGCUGCUGGUGAAGGUGGACGACGAUGUGUUCAUGAACACACCGCAGCUGGUCAAGUACUUGGCGACUCCCUCGCUGCCCGAGUACUCCAUGCUCCGUGAUCCCAAUCUGAUGCUCUGUCGAUCCGUCCAUCAGUCGAGGGUGAAGCGUUCAUAUCGUUCGAAAUGGCGGGUGACCUACAAGGAGUACCCGAAUCGCUUCUAUCCGGAAUACUGUCCCGGAAUGGCCAUUGUCUAUGCACCGGACGUGGUGCGUCGACUGUACGAGGCGGCCCAGAAGUCCAAAUACUUCUGGGUGGACGAUGUACUCAUCACGGGGAUCCUGGCCGAGGAAACGGGCAGCAAGAUCACCAAGCUAAAGCAUUACCUCGAGCAGAAGGACGUUCGCAACCUGGUCGGCGGUGGAGCCGAUCUUGAGGAUCCCCCGUUCCUCUUCACGAAUCACGCGAUUAAGCCAGACGAAAGCAUGGCCAUUUGGCAGAUGGCGCUGGAAAGAAUCCAGAGGCCACUGCUCACCCAACCCGCCUACGCAUUUGCAUCCUCCGCUUCCAGAUCCGCACCUGUUGUGCCAAGUGCCAACUUUUCCGAGGUGGCCCAGACGAGCUCCACAGGCCUCAGCUAGUUUGACUAGCACCACUCGAUGGAUUGAUUACGUUUAGUUUCUUUGGCUGUUCAGUUUUAGGGUUUCGUUAUGCCUUAGUAUAAACUCGUAGUUAUCUUUAAUGUUAGCUGAUUAAUGAUAGGUAGCAUUUUUGUCGGGACGAACACAACGGAACAUUGCAAGUCAAGUGAACCACCAACCACCUGCCUACAAUCAUUCGUAUCAUAUGAAGUGUAACUAAUCUAAGGACUCUACUGAUAGUCAUGUACAUCCAAUGCGAAUCGCUCACCAACAGAUAACCGAAAACAGAAAAUCCAAAACCAGAAAUCAAACAAGAACACCAGGCGAACCCAGCAGCAACAAUAAAAGGAGCGCAUUACCUUAAGCACAACUCUUAAAUCGUAAGAAAACUACAAUAGUACUUAACAAACGAUAACUUUAUUGAAAACUACUACAUAAAAAGCACACAAGCUGACGAUUCAAGUGCUUUGUGAAAUCAGUGAAUAACCAAACCAAAUAUUGAAUUUGAUGUAGGCCGCAUAACAAUGGACGGAAAUAUUUAUUAUAAAGUAUAUAUAUGUACGUAGGGGCAAACGAAAAAUUAUAGUAAUUACCUAUUUUUUUUAAUGUAUGUAUUUAAAAGCUAUCAAAUCGUUUUGAUCCCAAAAUUCCAGUAAAGCCAAUUGAUGGAAAAUCUAAAUCUGCAUAUGCAUUACAUUUAUAUAGAUAUACUUUAUUAAUAAGAUAAGUGGGAACAGAAAUGCCAGGAACGUUAACAUGAAAUAUCAAAAACAAAUAGGAAAGUGUACGGUCCGCGAACGCUAAAAACGAUGAACGAACGAAAAUUGUAACAAAUGAAAUUUAAUAAAUGUGUAAUAAAAUUAAUUAAAUGUUCAAGUUUGUCAGAAAUUAUAUAAAAGUCAUUUCAAAAUACAUAUUGCAAAACGUA